CCUACAACUAUCAUGUCUACAACUACUAAACCUACAACUACUGAGCCUACAACUACCGUGCCUACAACUACUGAGCCUACAACUACUACAUCUGUUAUUUCAAAAAUACCAAAAAAAUUAGAAACAGUUGUUGAAAUUAUAAGAGAACUCAGAAAUGAAAUUGAUGUUAUAAUGAAUUUGUAUGAUAGUGAAGAUGAAGACCCAAAUUAUAGGUAG